UGUUCGUUUUCAAACCUCACAACAUUUAGAACAAGAGUGCAGCAAUAUGGGUCGCAAUCCUAAAGUGUGUACCUCUUGUAUCCACAACUGUCGAAUGUUUCAUCGCCCUCUCCCACCAACCACAACCUCACCUUCCUCUUUCUACAAGUUCAUGCUUCGUCAAAACGAUCUCAAACAUCUGUAUCUUCCUCCUAAGUUAAAACGCACUAUGUCUGGUUUGGUUGGUAAGAGCUUCAAUCUUGAGGAUUCAAGUGGUGGUAGAUGGGAUGUGACAUUAUCAAAUGAUGAUGGUUCUUUAGCUUUUAAGGAAGGAUGGGAUGUUUUCUCACUGGAUCACAAGCUUGAAGUAGGAGAUUUAGUGGUAUUCAGUAGCAUUGACAAGCUGAAGUUUGGUGUCAAGAUCUAUGAUGAAUCUGUGUGUGAAAGAGUUGAUUUUUCUAAAACAAGAAUUAGGAAAAAAAGAGAUAGAAAUGGUGAGUUUGUUAGACAAGAUCCAAAUGCUUCACUUGUUGACUUGCAAACUGAUGUGCCAAUGCAAAACCAGCAUACGGAGAUUGAUUUAGGAGAAACACGAAAUAACGUUGAAGACACAUGUUUCAUAACAAGCAAUGCAUAUCAAAAUGAUUUAAACAAAGAUCCUAUGGUUGAAGAAGUGCUGGGUACAGGAGAUACCUCAUAUGCAUCUAAACUUGAGUUGCAUGGAAAGAACAAUUGUCCAAUGGAGCGCAAAUCUCCUGAUUUCAUACUAGUAGAAAGUAACGAGCGCAAGUCUUUUACGUCCAAUGGAGAAGUUCAAGAGGGCGAGGGCCAGUUCGCCGCCGGAUUAGGGAGUGAUCAUGCGGCGAUUUCCAGAGGAAAACAUGCCUUGCAUGCAUUCGAACUUGAAACUUCUGGAAGAAACAAUUCUCUUGGUGAAUCAGACAAAAAUGCAUAUGAAAAGACUUCAAUUUUGAAACAUGAAGAAUACAAGAAGGGAAAGUCCCUUCUGUCCGAAAAGGAAAUUCCAGAGUGCAGUUUUGCUGAAGGCUUAGGUUCAAGGAAGAAAGUGCCUAUGAACAUGACCCCCAAAAGGCGGGGAAGUUUUAAUGAUAAAUUGCAUGCAACAGAGUUGCCAAAGGUUGUUAAGGGAAAGCUUAAUCAAAAUAAUGAGGGUCACUUUGAAACCGUAGCCCCUAUUUCCUGCGAGGUGCUCAAGAUUAUGGUUGCACAUGCUUAGAGCUAAUUUAUUUUUUUAAUGCUUGCAAUUUUCCAUCUGAUUAAAUGCUUAAUUGCUAAACAUGCUUUGUGUAUUGAUAUUGCUGGUUUUCAGAAUACCAAAGAGAGGUUCAAUAAAAUAUCUAAUCUCUUAGAUGAUUGUAUUUACUUAGGUGAGACAAAGGAAGUGCCGGUGGAAACGACUCCCAAAUUAUGCAGUGCCAUCGACAAAAUAAAUGUGACAGGGUUGACAGAGGUUAUUAAGAUAGAAUUGAAUGAAGAUGAAAUUUCUGCAACUGUCACUGAUAGCGAUCAUCUUGAUUUGUCAGAGCCCUUGCCGUUAUCUCGUGUUGGAUUAAGAUCGAAGACAACGAUGGUGGUGAUUCUUAAAGAUCCAUUGACGAGAUUGUGGCCGGUCCUUUGCACUCACAAAACUUGUUUGAGAAGUGGAUGGUCAGAUUUUCAAAGAGCAAAUAAUAUUAAAACCGGUGAUGCGUGUGUUUUUAAGGUCGAAAAUAAGUAUGAACACAUCGUCGCUGUACAUACAGACCACAAGUGUUGUUAGUAGAGGCAUUCGCCACAAUGUUUAGUUGUUCUUUCGCUAUCUCUUUGCCCUGUGUACUUCAAUAACUUCAUGUAUCAAUGAAAACAUGAGAACUGUUUAAAAUC